AUGGCACCGGUAUCCCACAAUGUCCAUGCUGCCCCCACGCUCCCCCUCCAAGAAGUCCUUCCAAGGCGUCAACACAGCCGAGAAGCGCCCCGCCUCGCCAAACACCCUCAUGAGCCUCAACAGCCCCACCUCGACUCCCAAGUCGCCCAAGGUCGUGCUCGGAGUAUGUGCCAUGGACGUCAAGGCCCGGAGCAAGGCCAUGCGAGAAAUCCUCACUCGCCUUGUAGAUAUCGAGAAGGGCGGUCUGGAAGUUAAGAUCUUUGGCGACGUUGUCAUCCUCGAGGAAGACAUCUCUCAUUGGCCUCCUGUGGAUGUACUGGUCUCCUUCUUCUCUACCGACUUUCCCCUCCCCAAGGCGAUUUCUUACACCCAAAUUCCAAACCGGCCCCCGCCCAUCUCCAUCAACUCGCUGUCUAUGCAGUCGCUCCUCUGGGACCGCCGGCUCGUGCUAGCUAUCCUGGACCAUAUCGGCGUGCCUACGCCGAACCGCGCGGAAAUCUCACGAGAUGGAGGGCCCCGUAUACCCAGGUCGUUGAGACGCAAAGUCAGAAAAGAGCUGGGUCUGGUGCUUCCUGGACCUAAAUCAAAAGACGAAGACGAAUGGGACAAGGUCGUCAUCCCGGACCGGUGGAAGGGCAAACAGAGGAAGGACGCCAUUCCCAAAGAUACCGAGGUCAUCCUUCGCGAAGACGGGGAUGCCAUCAUUGUUGGUGGACAUGUCAUCGAAAAGCCUUUUGUCGAGAAACCCGUCGAUGGUGAGGACCACAAUGUGUACAUCUACUAUCGUGGCGGAGGUGGUCGACGACUGUUCCGGAAAGUCGGCAACAAGUCGAGUGAACAUGACCCUAAUAUGUAUCACCCCCGUACCAUCGGAUCCUUCAUCUAUGAAGAGUUCAUCAACGUUGACAAUGCCGAAGAUAUCAAGGUUUACACGAUCGGCUCCAACUUUUCCCACGCCGAGACCCGUAAAUCUCCCGUAGUAGACGGCCUUGUCAGGCGAAACGCCGAUGGCAAAGAGACGCGGUUCAUCACUUCUCUCUCUGAGGCUGAGAACCAAUGCGCCAAGGACGUUGUUGAAGCAUUCGGUCAGCGAGUCUGCGGCUUCGAUCUGUUGAGGUGUGGUUCGAGGAGUAUGGUCAUUGAUGUCAACGGAUGGAGUUUCGUCAAGGGCAACCAGGCAUACUACGACAAAGCCGCCGAAAUCCUCUCUGGCGUCUGCCAACUUGCGCGCGACCGCAAAAUCCGAGGCAUCCAAGCCGGCUUACCUGCCGAUAACAACAACAACGAAAGUGCCGGAGGCUCCACAACCAGUACCCUCCGUGCCACCAUCACUGUGUUGCGUCAUGCGGACCGCACGCCCAAGAUGAAGCUCAAGUUCUCAUUCCCAGCCGACCAAGCUUGGUCCAAGCCUUUCCUUCGACUGCUCCGCGGUCAUCGUGAAGAGAUUAUUCUUCGUGAUACGAGGCAGUUGCAGUUUAUCCUUUCGGCGGCGGAAGAGUCUGCCAAGAUGGAAGGUAUUACGGAAGAGCAGCUGCAAAAGCUGUCGCAGAUCAAGGAAGCGUUGGGACGAAAGAUGAGUUUUGCGGGGACGAAAGCGCAGCUCAAGCCUAGUUUCGCCAAGAAAAAGGGCGAGAAGGGGGAGAAAGAAGGCAAGAAGGACAAGAAGGAGAAGGAGGAGAAGGAGGACGAGGGUGAUGAAGAGGACGAGUCUGAAGAGGGCAGGAGGAGAGUGAACGAAUGGCUCGCCCGAGGUGAACGAGCCACUGCAGAUGGUGUCGCCCCUCACCCGUCCACCCCCGACAAUGCUGCUGUCGAUGUCGGUCCCCGCUCUGGAGUCCCUCACAGUCCUCAGAUCACUGCUGCUCUCGACGAGGCUCCUGCUGGUGGUAGGCAUGUCAACUGCCAACACGCCGAGGAUGAACCAGACAUCCCGGAAGGGCUGGAGAAGAUGCAGUUGGUUGUCAAGUGGGGUGGUGAGAGCACACACUCUUCUAGGUAUCAGAGUAGGGACCUGGGUGAUGCGUUCAAAAAGGAUAUCAUGAUCAUGAACAAGGACGUGCUCAACAACGUCAAGAUCUAUACCUCUUCCGAACGUCGAGUCAUCAACACUGCCCAAAUCUUCGCCCACGCCCUUCUCGGUGCCGAAGGAUCCUCUUCCACCUCCCAACAAGCCUCCUCCGGCAACGGCCAAUCUUCCAUCGCCGCCUCCCGCCUUCCGCCUGACGCUGGCCCUGCGGGUCCUCAGAUCAGUCAUCUCAUCCAGCGACGCGACCUCUUGGAUGACAACAAUGCGGCCAAGACGCUGACGAGUGACGCAAAGAAGAAGCUCAAGAUGCUGCUGAGGACGGGCGAAACAGAGAGAAGGACGGAUUUGGCGUGGCCAAAGAGUUUCAAGAAGGAGCCUGUUGAAGUCGUCUCUGAUGUCAUUGAACAGCUCACUGAGCUCCGUGGUAUCAUGCGCCGUAAUUACGAAAACGGCAACGUUGAAAAGAUCCCCCAACAGCGAUGGUGCAGUGGCGACAGCCCAUGGUUGUUCAAGGAGCGUUGGGAGAAGAUCUUUGAUGACUGGGUAGGCGUCAAGCAGGAAAAGUUUGAUCCUUCGAGAGUCUCCGAGCUGUAUGACAGUAUCAAGUACGAUAGUCUGCACAACAGGACCUUCCUCUUUGCCGUUUUUGACCCCGAGGGUAAGGGACAGACCAGCAAGGCCGGUGCUCCCAACCAAGACCGACGCCUGCAUGACCUCUUUGGUCGUGCCAAAGCUCUCUUCGACCUUGUUGCCCCCCAAGAAUACGGCUUCGACGCCGAGGCUAAAGAGGAGAUUGGCGUCCUCACAAGUCUGCCGUUACUGAGAAAGGUGUGGGAAGACUUGGAAGAAGCAAAGAGCACUGGCAAAUCUUUGGCUUGCUUCUACUUUACGUGCGUACACUCUCUGCUUCCAGGUCAAGAUUUGCUGAUACAUGCACCUCACAGUAAGGAAUCUCAUAUCACGACUUUUGUCCACCUCCUCCUCGCUUCCGGGCUUCCUUUCACCAACGUCCGUAUCCCCGAGCUCGACUAUUGUUCCCACUGCACUAUCGAACUGUGGGAAAAGUCUACCGGCACUGGGCAGAAGGACUUUUCCAUCCGAUUGAGUAUCAGCGAGGGCGCGCACAGUCCGGCUGUAUUGGACAGCAACGUCGAUGCUCGCCACAGUCUCACAGUCCAGCCCCGCAAGAAGCUCUCCUCCCACAUCGACUACGACCUCGCCAAAGACUGCUUCUCUAAACACUUCAACCGCGGGCUCUCCUUCUCUACCACCCCUCUUGAAGGGGAUGAGGUCUAUUUGAAGAAGAGUAUCCAGGACGAGUCGGUGUUGCCGUUGUCGAGCUUGCAUGGGGCGGCGAGUAGUAGUAGGCAGGGGGAUGAGACGCCGCGGAUGAUUAGUUCGGCUAGUAGUGAUAGGAGCCACCCGGGGGAUGGGUGGUGAGCGGCAUGCUUUGGACAAUUUGGAUACGUUUGUUGUUCAGGCAGGUGUUCACAUCGAUUCGAUGAUCUCUUCAGUAGAAUUGAUGAAUAUGUAUGACGGCUGCCAUCGGCUGUUUUUGGUUCGUAAGCGUGAUGAGUGGAGCCAGCUUGCUUGGCUUCUUGAAUGACGAACAUCACCUGCGAGGCCUAGCAGCAGGAGCCCCAAUCGAUAGAAGACGAAGCAUUCACCGCAACCUAUCAAAUAUCAGUCGCGCUGCGAAUGCGCCCAAUCCAUGCUAGGAUUAGUCGGAAUAUUACCCCGGUUAGUUGCCAAGAGGCGAGACUCUAAUACUCUAAAAGCCCUAGUCUGUCAAGCAAGAAGCGAUGCGGUCACCAUCCCGGCGCAACCCGGUACGAAACUCGGUAAAGAGCUUUACCCGCACCGACCACGCCGAGCCAAUCAGCGCGCUGCCCACACGUUUGGGGCUCGUACACGACUCAUUCCUCAAUUUCCAACAUCGAAUG